CAUGCCGUGUGUCGGUGUCGGUCGAUUGCGUCGUGUGUCAAAAAUAAGCAGACUUCUGAAUGUUUUGUUUCAGUUUUCAGCGCGACCCUAGCUAGUUUUUAUUUGAAUUACCCGUCGAUUUUUCGCGGACAAUAAAGAUACCCAGUGGACGGAGAUAAUGGCACACAGUUCCAAUAGCGAGGAGCAGCGUUUCAAUGCUUUCUACAGCGAGGUGAAGCAAAUAGAGAAACGAGACUCGGUGCUGACGUCUGAGCAGCAGAUUGAACGGCUGCUCCGUCCUGGUGCGACGUAUUUCAAUCUAAAUCCGUUCGAGGUCCUACAGGUGGAACCGGACACUCCGAUUGAGCAGAUCAAAAAGAAAUACCGCAGUCUGUCGAUUCUGGUACAUCCGGACAAAAACCAGAACGAUAAGGACAGAGCCCAGCAGGCGUUUGAGGUCAUUAACAAAGCCUACAAAGUCUUGGAGAAUGAGCUUACUCGCAAGCGUUGCCUAGAAGUGUACGAGGAAGCAAAAGAUAGAACUGACGCGAUGAUUAGCGAGAAACGGAAAAAGCUACGAAAGGAAGGUAAGUCGGAUUUCAUUCCGGAGGAUGAUCCAGCCAAAUACAAGCACGCUGUAUACGUAAUGGUUAUGAAACUGUUUGCCGACAUGGAACGUCGCCGGCAGCAGUUGGAUAUCCGCGACCAGGAAGAACGCAAGCGGAAACGUGAGCAAGAAAUUGAAGAGGAAGAGCAGCGCAACUAUCAAAAGGAGUGGCAGAAAAACUUUGAAGAAUCUCGCCAGAAUCGUGUCACCAGCUGGCAAAGCUUCCAAGCACAUGCCGCAUCAUCUUCUGCAUCGUCAGCCGCAACCUCGUCGACGCCGCUGAUUCCGGAGAAACCGAAGAAGGCUAAGAAAACUAAAUACACUUCGUUCAACCCACCGAAGAUCAAGCCAGAAUCGCGAUAAACCGUCAUCGUCGCCACCGCUGGGAACGUUUAAUUUUUCAUUAGAGCUUUGUUUCCUUUUAUUUUUGGAUCUAUCGAUCGAAGAAUAAAGGUUUAAUUUUUUUUUCGCAAUGAGAAACGGAGGUAAACUUACGCAGGCGACACUUUUCUGUUAAUGGUACUUUUAAAAUCCCGUACGGAUGUUCGAGAUUCGUAUUUUAUACUACCUACCUAAGGCUUAAGGAAGAAAAUAAUGCAUUUUUUCUAUCGCACUAACGUAUUGCUAUAUGGUUUUGUGAGAUUUCUACGAAACGGUGGUGAUCUCCAGAAAAAGAAACACUGCGAAGCGAAUCGAAACAGACAGCAGUGUAGACACACAGUGAAGUGAUCAGACUUGAGUAGUGUUUCGCGAGAAAUCACAAUAAACCGUGUAAGACAGAGUUUACAGUAGUAAUGGAAUAUAAUGACGAAAAUCAAAAA